ACUAAAAUAGAGCUUUCAUGGCAGUCGCGGUGUACAAGUUUCGAAACCGAGCUGAAACGAAGGAGCAGAAGUGAUAAUAUUGGCCUUUCCUAACUGAACAUUUCUAGGACGAGAGUGUAGUGUGUAUUUUAUUGUAUGUCCUGAAAUGUCUAAUUCGUACGAUGUCAUCAUCUCUCAAGCACUUUGCGAGAAGCUGCUCCAAUAUCAAAAGGUAGCAAAGGAGCCAACUACAGGCUUUGUGUAUGGCUGGUUUGCAAAGAACACGGCACACUGCAUUGGAUGUGCCCUGGAAAACCCAAAUGUACUUCUUUCAUUUGGCUAUGAUAUCGUCGGAGUAUUCUGCGUCUCACGUGGAGAGACUGAAGAUCAGAUUUCUGGACUCUGCCAUGGACUUAUCAUCAAGUACCUCGAGGAAUACCAACACAAGGGCCCAGAAAACCCUGUGCUACUGUACACAACACCUAGGAAUGAGACAACCGUUUUUGCCAAACUGGCUACCCUCGGCCUGGAAGCUUUCGUUGAGCCAGAAAAGGUAUCCGUCCUGGAAAACAUACGCCUUGGAACAUGCAGUGUGCGGGCACGAGCAAGGGUGCAACUUGCUUUUGAGAUGGAUGCCGACGUAGUAUACCUAAAGAAGAACCUAGAAGUGGCUGCAGAUCGCCUCAAAAAGAAAUUCCUUCCUGAAGUGGUUGCAUUUCAAUUGGUCGGAUCUAAUGUGUUACUCCGGCGAGAGUCAAUCGAAAAGGCCAUCCAAGACUUGGUUGACCAAUCGGGCGACAGUGGUCGCAAAAGGAGGAACAAGGGUGAUGCCAUGACACAGGAAGUGCUGAACUUUACGAUUCUGAGUCAGACGACCGGCGAAGCAGCCGUGGAGGGUUGUGGAACUAUGUGCACACCAGUGGUUCAUUACCAAAAAAAGGUGUUCAAAAGCAUGUCUGCCUUGCUAUGUCUGGACAUUGUAGCCACGGUGAACAUGAAUGAUGCCCUUUCAAAGGUGGUUACUUUGCUGUCAGAAGAACUGUGCAACCAGAUUGAUCAAAUGACCAACUGUAUAUCAAAAUUCUCCAAGGCUGACAGCAUCUGCAUUCCUGAGGCGUUUCACUUCUGGCCUGUGGAGUGCGGCCACUGGGUUACAGUCUUUUAUCCCGCUGAAGUUAGUGAAGCUGACCUAGCCUCAUAUCGCAAGGAGCUACACCGCUUACUUCUGCUUCCCUGCAACCGUCCUUUGUUCCGGAGAGCAAAUCACUUUGCAUUUCCGGAAGAGCUUGCAGCCGACCCGUACUUGCGCAACACUCACUUGGGGCUCAAUCCACCCUCUGGCUGUCAAGUGCAAUUGCUACGAGGCCAAUACCAGUACAGGCAUUACAUGCAAGACCGAAUAGAUGACAAGGGAUGGGGUUGUGCAUAUCGUUCUUUGCAGACAAUCGUCUCGUGGUUCCGCAUACAAGGCUACACAGGACAGCCUGUGCCAAGCCAUCGUGAGAUACAGCAGGCUCUUGUCAACAUUGGAGACAAGCCUUCAUCUUUUGUUGGGUCAAAACAGUGGAUCGGAUCCAUGGAAGUUGGAUAUUGUCUCAACAAUCUACUUGGUGUUGAGUCGAAGACACUAUGUGUAAAUGCGGGCGCCGAAAUGUCAUCCAGAGCUCGAGAGCUUAUGGCGCAUUUCGACACACAAGGAACGCCUAUCAUGAUUGGAGGUGGUGUAUUGGCACACACCAUCAUAGGCAUAGCCUUCAAUGAAAAAACUGGGGAUGCCCAUUAUCUUAUUUUAGAUCCUCACUACACUGGUGGAGAGGACCUUUCUGUCAUUCAGAACAAGGGAUGGUGUGGAUGGAAGAAUAACUCUUUCUGGGACCAGAAGUCUUUUUAUAACGUUUGUUUGCCACAAGUUCCAAGUGCUGUAUGACAGUAAGGUUAUGCAAUAAAUGCUUAUUUUUUCACCGCA